AGCCCAAUUUCCAGAACAACAUAAAAGUUUACACGUACUUACUUAUUAACAUGGAGUCCAUAAGAUUGUUAAAACCGUGUCUGAAACCGAUUGCAACAAAGCUAAAUUUAGCCAUUGAAGAAGGAGAGCCAUUGAGUCCGUCAGCAAGGUUAUUUCACGAGCCCAACUUCAACGUCCACGUUUUAUCUAUAAUGGGCAGCAAAUCAAGAAUCAAUCCUCAAGCUAUCAAAGACGGAUUGGCCCAUGCUUUUAUUAAGCAUCCUCGUUGUUCCAGCCUGCAGGUGGUGGAUGAGAAAAACAAUGGAGAAAUGAAAUGGGUGCCCACAAAGGUGGACGUAGAUAAGCAUGUUGUGGUGCCACAUGUGGAUGAACAAAAUCUACAUGAAUCACCAGAAAAAUUCGUGGAGAAUUAUAUCUAUAACCUUAGCAAAACAACUCUUGACAAAUCGAAACCUCUUUGGGAUCUCCAUCUUCUCAACAUUAAAACAUCAGAUACUGAGGGUGUUGUCAUUUUAAGAAUGCACCAUUCACUUGGAGAUGGCACUUCUCUUAUGUCCCUUUUUCUAGCUUGUACGCGCCAAACAGCUCACCCUGAUAAACUUCCGACUAUUCCUGGAAUUAAAAAAAGGGAUAUUAAUUCUCUAUGUCAGUAUUCGACUAAAGGAUUAUGGCGAUAUUUUGCACCAAUUUGGUGUUUUAUGAUAUUGUUUUGGAACACAGUAGUCGAUGUCUUGAUGUUUAUGGCCACGGCAAUGUUCUUGAAGGACACAAAUACGCCAAUUAAGGGUAGGCCUGGUUCUGAGUUUAAUCCUAGGCGAUUUGUUCAUAGGACAGUCAGUCUGGAUGAUAUGAAAUUGGUGAAAAAUGCAUUGGACAUGACAAUAAAUGAUGUCGCAUUGGGAGUAAUACAAGCUGGUUUAUCUGUCUAUCUUAAUAGGAGAUUUGGUGAGGGCAAGAAAGACAAGGGAGCAACAGAGAAAAACCAUAAUCUCCCUAACAACAUAAGGCUUAGAUCAAGUCUUCUAAUAAACUUGAGACCAACGGCUGGAAUUCAGGCUUUAGCUGAUAUGAUGGACAAGAAUACUGAGGCAAAAUGGGGCAAUAUGGUUGGUUCUGUCCUUUUACCCUUUAAAAUUGCAUUACGAGAUGACCCCUUAGAUUAUAUCAGAGAAGCCAAGGUAACAAGUUAUCGUAAGAAAAAUUCUCUUGAAGCUAUCUACACAUUUUCCAUCUCCAAAUUAGCACUCAAGCUUUUUGGGAUUAAGACAACAAGUUCAAUAUCGCAUAGAAUUCUCACAAAUACAACAUUGGCCUUCUCCAAUUUGGUGGGUCCUCCAGAGAAAGUUAGCCUCUAUGAGCACCCCUUGAUUUACCUUGCACCCACUUCUUAUGGCCAACCUCAGGCUCUGAUGAUUAAUUUCACAAGCUAUGUAAACAAGAUGACUAUGGUCCUAUCAGUAGACGAAAGUGUGAUUCCCGAUUCACAUCAACUGCUAGACGAUCUUGAACAAUCUCUGAAGCUUAUCAAGGAUGCUGUGGUAGAAAGAAGCCUUUGCCAAGAAUAAAAAAAAAAAAAAUGUUUGUCAACAUACAACGAAGAUUUUGGGAAGAGGCAUAGAAGGUUUCUACUCCACUAGAUGAUGCCAAUUUUGCAAAGAAGUCAGCAACCCGAUUUGCUUCCCUCAAACAAUGUGAUAGAGUUACUUCAACUUCUUCAACCAUGUUGAUAGUGUUAGAGAGUAUCUUUUUUAGCUUUAUGUUGGUGGUCCUCUUGUUGGUGAUCAUGUUAGAGAUGAUUUGAGAGUCUAGUUCCACAUGAAAAUUAUGGUAUCCCUUACUGAUA